AUGAAAAGUACAAAUAUACCACCAUUGUUCUAUUACGAAGAAAAGAAGAAAUAUAACUCAACAACAAUGGUAUUUGGAUCAAAAAAGAAAAAAGAAGGAGAGGGAGGAUCAUCCCCCAACUUGGCACCAGUCUCCUCUCAAGCAAUCAACCCAGUAGCACGUACCGGUAUAAAGAUUGGUUCCGUUGCAAAUAGUGCCAGUGCUGAACAAUUGGAUCAAAUUGCUGCAAACAAACAAAAGAUUCCCUCAUUAUUUAGAUUAUUAGCAGAACAAAAGUUAUCAGAAAAGGAGAUUUGGGAAGGUCAACCAUCACUCUUUGCAAUCUUGUAUCAAUUUAAAGAACAAUUAAGUAAAACUGAAUCACCACCAAAUAUCGUAACAUUCCAUUUACCACAAUUACCAGAAUUUGGAGAUGUAAAGAAGAAAUCAUACAAAUUGAACAAAAAGUUCACCAUCGCACAAACCAUCUCACUCAUAUGCAAGAAACAACAAAUCCCAGAUCCAAAGAGAUUUUGGGUUGGAUCAUUACAAGGUUUCAUCAUGAAUGAUAAUGAACAUCUCUAUACCUAUGGUCUUGGUAGUUUAUUUGAAUCUUGGGAAUUAAGAUUAAUUCUAAAAGAAGAUAUCUUGUCAAAAUCACCUUUGAAAUAUGAACCAAUUGAAUCAAUUGGAACAGAAUUUAUUGUUGUAUUUGAAUUACCACCACUUGAAGAAUUCAAUGGAUUAAAGAAACAUGUUGUCAAAGUUGAUGCCAAUCAUACUAUUAAACAAGGAAUUCAAAAUAUUAUGAAAAAAUAUAGAGUUGAAGGACAUGAUAGAUUUUCAGUGAUGACAAUUGAUGAAAAUCCAUUGGUAGAAUUUGUAUUGUUUAGUGGAGCCUGUUUUAAGCAUUAUGGACUUGGAUACAAGUUUAAAAAGUGGGAUCUCAAGAUUGUAUUUACCGAUUUGAUUGCACCCUAUGUCCAUCGUCACACUGUCAUUCCCAUGCAUGGAUGGGCUCAAGUCAGUCCGGGCCAACUCGACCCAUUCACAGCCCGCGCCAUCAUCAACGACCUCGAGGAGAAAUGCUCCGAGUUCCAAGCACAAAUCAGACGUCUGAACAAGGAUGUUGGAGAGGGCAACGACUUGUCACAACAACAACAAGCAGAGAUUGAGAGAUUGCGUGAAGAGAUUAGAAAGUUGCAACGCACACUUGAAGAGGAACGCGAAAACACACAAGAACAAAACACCAUCUACGAGUCCAAGUUGUUGGCCAGUAACGCCGAGAUUGAGACUCUCAACUCGCAGUUGCGUGGUAUCAAGGCACGUCUCGACGAGACGACUCAGCAACUCCAACAAGCCCGUAUUUCCAACGACGAUCUCUCGUCGACACUCCAUUUGUGCCAGGCUGAAAAGGAAGACCUCCACCAACAACACAGCGAAGCACUCGCCGAGAUUGCCACCCUCCAAUCCAAGUUACUCCAGUUGCGUCAAGCCAGCGAGAGCACCGAGAUCCAGUUGUCGUCGAUGAUCGCCACGCUGGAAAAGGAAAAGGUCGCCAUCAAGGACGAGGCCCGUCUCAUGAUCGAGCGCAUCACCACCGAAAAGGUGUCGCAAGAAGAAGUCGUCACCCAACUCCAAGCCAGCCAAGCACUCUUGGUCACCCAACUCCAAGACGACAUUUCAUCAAUGAACCGCGAACGCGAGAUGAUGGCAUUGUCUGUGCAAAAGGCCACCUUUGAGAAGCAAGAUGCCGUCGCCCAAGCUGAAAAGGCUGUCCUCAAGAUGGAGGAGCUUCAAAAGAGUGCUAAAAAGGUCGAGCGUCAAUUUGGUGAUUUGGAACGUGAACGUGACGUGCUCCGCCAACAGGUGCAAAUCAAGUUGGACGAGAUUGCCGACCUCCAAAAAGACCUCGAGUGGUCGCGUGAGACCAUGGCCGACAUGGAACGUCGUCUUGUCAACGCCACCGGCGAAGCCAAGAUGUACAAAGACAUCAAGGACAAGGAAGCCGAACGUUUCAAAAAGUCGACACAAGAAGAAAAGGCUACCAAGCAAGACUUGGACCAAGAGAAGCAAAAGUCAUUGGCAUCAACCGCUCGUUACCAAAAGCAAAUGUCCGAUACAGAGAGUCAACGCAAGACUGCCGAAGCAGCCUACAACAACGCAGUCACACAAUUCAAGAAACGUGAAGAACUCCUCACCACCCAACUAGAAGAUUACAAACGUCAAUACGAAGAGUUGCGUCAACAAAUCACCAGUGGACAUGCUCCAACCUCUGCACCAGAACUUACUCCCUAUGCCGGUCAAAAGAGUGGUAGCUUUAUCUCUGCUCGUCCAAGAAAGCCUGCCAACGCUGCUGCAGCCGAAGAUAUACCCAAUUCACCAGUAUCCAUCUCUUCACCCGACACUAAUAACAACGGCAGCAGUGGUGACUCUACUACUCUAGAAUCAAAACCAGCAGAUACUAGAGAUGUUACUGUAGUUGCUGAUGGUUUAUAUCAAUCUCUUCAAUCUCGAUUUAGAAACAUGUCAAGACAAGAAGUUGAAGAAUUAGAAGAAAGUGAUAAUGAUGAAUAA